GGGCGUGGCCGUGCCAGGAGUCCUCAAUGGGACUCUUUGACGACUUCUCGAUUCGUGGCUUCAGGUUCCCGUUGAGAGGGAGGCCGAAACAACCCCGAAGCGAAGCGGCCGUGUACGCGCGCGCUGCGGCUAAUGAGCAAUUAGCCUCGGGCGGGUUCUGGAAGGAACUCGCUUUUUGUGACUUUUACGCAUUUGCUUGCUGAAGGCGGCGUGCCGGAGGGUAAGGAAGGACCCCCUCCUCUCGCUCCGUAACAGAGGGGUCGGUUCUGCAUGAGCGGUGGCCUCGGCGUAGCUCGGUGUGACGACGGCCUCAGUUGCCGCUGCGACAAGCGCGAACUGGCGACGCGCGCGUGGAAGAUCUCGAGAGAGAGAGAGGAGGGGGAGGGGAACUCGAGGUGACCUGUUGGCCUGGGGAUCGUCAGAGUGGAUGGGGCAGGCGGCGAGCGAGAAGAGAAAGGCGGCCCACCAGAGGGACAGCGGAGCCCUGCAGAUCGUCGCCAGCUCUCUUUAGACCGCGAACCCUCACCGCCACCGUGGGAUAGCUUUUUUUCUGACUUUCUUGAUCGGUGGAGUGGUGCCCCCAGCGCCUGUUUGCUGCCGCUGUUUGCAAGAAUUUCGUCACCCGAGAGCCACCACGGACACGCAGCGAGGGGAGAGAGACGGAGCUACGUACGGCCCUGCACUCAGCGAUGGAUGUUUGUGACCCUGGAGCCGGACUGCUCGCCACGACGUGCCCGAGCGUCGUCAGCAGCUCCUCCUCCAAAAUCUCCGCCUCCGGCUCGUCGUCCCUGAUGGCUGUGAGGGCCCCCCCGAGCCCGCCCCCCAUCCCGCGGGGCGGUAUCCUGCGCAAGCAGCGCGCCAGCCGUCACAAGACGCAGCCCAUCACCUUCGAGGAGAUCCUGGAGGCGGAGGACGAGGGCGCCUCGCCGCUGGACGAGGAGCGGGCCCACCGGUCCUUCAUGAAGUCCCUGGAAAACCUGCGCCGCAUCGCGACGUCUUCCACCAACGUCUCUGCACCGGUGCACGCGGGGGGGCUGGAGGGCACAGAGGCGUCGACGGAGGGGCGCGACGCCAGGGGGAAGCCGAUCCCCUGUACCGAGCUGUGAUUGUUGCGGGCGAGGGGGGCAGGUGGGGGAUUGGGGGGCCACGCGGCUCCACAAACCCCCACCCUCGGGCCAUCGUGCACGCGGAUGGAUGAUGAUGAGGCUGUGACGUCACAGGCCUACCGGCCAAUAAAAUCGAUCGCUCAAUCGCCUACGUCGGGGGUCGGCGACCUGCGACUCCGGAGCUGCGUGAGGUGACGCUGUAAGGGCCGCUCCGUGAAGCGUUCUUUACUAGGGGACCACCACCCUCUCGUAUUCACCACCGUCUCGUAUUCACCACCAUCUCGUAUUCACCACCAUCUCGUAUUCACCACCGUCUCGUAUUCA